AUGAAACAAGAAUCGUCUGCAGCAUUGCAAGACGACGACCAUAUAGAAAGAAAAAGUAGUAUUAUUGACGAGGAAGUUUGUAAUGGAGAUCCUUUAUUUGGUCCAUUAAUUGACACGGAUGAAUUGGAUGUUGUUGUCGCUGUUGUUGAGAACGAAAGAAAAGAGUCUUUUAAACAAGAAUCAACGACAUGUUCUCAUGUAAUUAAACGAUGUACUGGAAUAUUCUACGCUCUCUGUGGAUCAUUUAUCUUUACAUGUUCGGGAUUUUUAAUCAAACAAUUACGUGUCGAUUUCUUCGAUGCACUCUUGGUUCGAUUUCUUUUACAAUCAAUUAUCUUAGUCGCAUUUAUUCUCUACAAGAAAAAUAAAUUUAUCCACGGUUCAAAUAAAUUGAUUCUGCUACAAAUCGUUCGUACAAUUGUCGGAUCAAGUGGACUAUUCUUAUUCUUUCUCAGUUAUCGUUACAUUCCACUACCCGAUCUAACAACCUGCCGUUACACUCAAGUGAUUUGGACAGCUAUUCUAGCAAUGAUUGUCUUUCACGAUCGUAUAUCCAUAUCAACUAUUCUUGCCAUUAUCUUAACAUUGACUGGCGUUGUACUAGUUGCUCAACCAACAUUUCUAUUUCCUAAUCAAUCAUCACUAGUUAACCAAACUAAGGUCUCAGCGCAUCGAACAGCUGAUAUCGAUUUCGAAUCGGACAAAUCUUAUCGUUUACUUGGCCUUUGCCUUGCACUUGCAUGUGCUUUAUCGAUAUCAUGUAGUAUGGUGCUGAACAAGAAACUAAUCAUUUCGAAAAUUCCUCAAAGUAUCAUUAUGCUCGAAUUUUCACUCUUAACUUUAAUCAUACUUCUUCUCAACCACAUCUACAAUCGUUUUAUUGUUUACAAAUAUGAAAAACAAACAAUGUUUACAUGGCAAUUCUUUCUCGCUGCAUCUGUUUCGUUAAUGCAAGUCUUCUCAUCAACAAUCACACAACGUGCUAUUAAACUCGAACAUCCGGCGAUAAUAUCAGUGGUUCAAUCAUCUGAUAUACUCUUUGCCAUUAUAUUACAGAAUUUAUUUUCUCGGGUCAAAUCGAAUUCGUUUGUUAUAUUAGGAUCAUUUCUAGUGACAACAAGUAUUUUUCUCGUGGGAAUCGAUAAGUUUUCGAAAGAUCGAAAGAAGUUAUCAAGAAAACGCCCAGUCGAUACAAAAUUAUGA